AUGACCCGCGUGGCUACCCGAUUAAGAGUUCCCAAUGAGGCCCAGUUGGCCUGGAAGAUUGCCCGAUGCACCCGGAACGACCCAACCUUGUCCAGAGUUCGACAUUGGACGGGGGUUGGAUGGCCUCAAGGCAGGCUGCCGGACGAGUUCAAGCCAUUUGUUCGACGGCAGCACGAGUUGUCGGAGUAUCGGGGAUGCCUGCUGUGGGGAUGUAGAGUCAUCAUUCCAGAGCAAGCGAGAGACCAGGUUUCGGAGCUGCUGCAUACCACGCAUCCCGGGAUCGUCCGCAUGAAGGCGCUUGCCAGAAGCACAGUUUGGUGGCCGGGUAUCGACCAAGAUAUCGAAAGGAAGGUCCGAACCUGCCUGCCCUGCCAGGAGACAAGGCCGCAACCUGCACGUGCAAGACUGCAUCCGUGGGAAUUCGCCAGAAGCCCAUGGUCCCGAAUCCACAUCGAUUUUGCAGGAACCUUCCAAGGAAAGGUUUUUCUUCUGGUGGUGGAUGCGCAUUCGAAAUGGCUGGAAGUCAUACAGAUAGCAUCCAUAUCGUCAGCAGCAGUGUGUCAAAGGCUGCGAGUGCUGUUCGCAACACACGGUGUUCCCGACACUAUAGUCUCGGACAAUGGGACAGCGUUCGUCUCACAAGAAUUUGAAGAAUUUUUGCAGAGAAACCAGAUCCGGCACGUUAAGGUGGCGCCAUAUCAUCCAUCGUCAAAUGGCCAAGUGGAGCGCAUGGUCCAAGAAACUAAACAAGUCCUCAGGCGCAUGGAAGGAGGCGACAUGGCCACCAAGUUGGCCCGAUUUCUUUUGAGUCAGCAUAUUCUCCCGCACUCAACGACCGGAAAGAGUCCGGCGGAAUUGUUGAUGGGUCGGAGACUCCGUACUGCACUGGACCGGCUUCACCCAGACCUACAAGCAGAGAUGGUGGACAAGCAAGAGGAACAAGCGCUGCGGGGAAGACAAGGUGUACGCGAAUUCGAGCCGCGAGAACCAGUCUUCAUCCGCAAUUAUUUAGCAGGCCCCAAGUGGCUACCCGGUAUCAUCACUGAGAUCACCGGUCCGGUGUCUUACAAGGUUCGCACCAUCGACGGUCGUUUCUGGAAGCGGCACGUGGACCAAAUCCGGAGACGGGAGUGGAGCACAUACCUGGACUAGGAGGAGCCUACGACAGAGCUGUCACCUCAGCAGCUCUCCUUACCAAGCGAGCCAUCGCUUAG